AUGGCCACCUGGACCCAAAGGAGAACGCUUGUCUUGCUUCUGGCUUUCCUAGGACGCUGGGGGACGUUAGGGGCGCAAGAAGAGGAUGAGUUCGAGGGGGAACUCGAUGCUGAAGAGGUUGCCUGCACUCAGAAUGGGCAAGUCUACCUGAACCGGGACAUAUGGAAACCUUCACCGUGCCAGAUUUGCGUUUGCGACAACGGAGCCAUUCUCUGCGAUGAGAUCCAGUGUCUGGAUGUUAUGGAAUGCGAAAGCCCCCAGGUGCCCCCUGGAGAGUGCUGCCCCGUGUGCCCGAAUACUGCCCGAAAUGGCUUCGAAGGUGCAUUCGGUAGAGGAAGGAAGGGUCAAAAAGGAGAACCUGGAAUUGUCCCAGUGGUUACGGGUAUAAGAGGACGGGCCGGACUAGCUGGACCCCCAGGAUCACAAGGACCGAGAGGACCAAGAGGACCCAAAGGAAAACCUGGUGCCCGUGGUCCUUCUGGAAUCGAUGGGGAACCUGGUAUACCUGGACAACCUGGUGAUCCUGGACCACCUGGCCAGCCAUCUACAGGGCCCGAUGGAAUGACCAGACCCUUCACAUCUCAGAUGACAGGACUGGAUGAGAAAGCAGGACUCGCUGGUCAAAUGGGAUUCAUGCCUGGCGCCGUGGGUCCUGUAGGUCCAAGAGGGCCUCCAGGUUUGCAGGGACAACCGGGUGCUUCUGGCCCACCAGGCCCUCCAGGUGAACAUGGGGACCCAGGACCAAUGGGACCUGCUGGUGCCCGAGGCCCAGAAGGCCCUCCAGGAAAACCUGGUGAAGAUGGUGAAUCAGGCCGACCAGGACAGCCAGGAGAAGUUGGGUUUCCAGGUUCCAUGGGUGCUCGAGGUUUUCCUGGGGCUCCAGGUCAGUCAGGUUUAAAGGGCCACAGAGGCCAUAAAGGGCUUGAAGGCCCGAAAGGUGAAAUUGGAGCCACUGGAUCGAAGGGUGAACCCGGAGCACCAGGUCAGAUGGGGCCAAAUGGACCUUUGGGUCCUCGUGGGAUGCCAGGAGAAAGAGGACGAGUUGGACCACAAGGGACUCCAGGAGCUCGUGGGCCACACGGUAUGCCAGGAAAGCCAGGACCAUCUGGUCCACUUGGUAUAGCUGGUUCCCCAGGCUUUCCAGGGAUUCCUGGCAUGAAGGGUGAAGCUGGCCCAACAGGGGCACGUGGUCCAGAAGGCCCUCAGGGACAAAGAGGAGAAACAGGUCUACCAGGUCCAGCUGGGGCAUCUGGCCUUCCUGGUACUCUUGGUACAGAUGGUUCCACAGGCACAAAAGGACCAUCGGGAUCUCCAGGUACUUCAGGACCACCUGGAUCACCAGGUCCACUUGGCUCCACUGGACCUCAAGGCAGCACAGGCCCUCCUGGCAUUCGAGGACAAAUGGGAGACCCUGGAGUUCCUGGUUUCAAAGGAGAAGCGGGUCCCAAGGGAGAACCUGGUCCACAUGGCCCUCAGGGUCCAAUUGGACCUGUAGGUGAAGAAGGGAAACGAGGUCCUCGUGGAGAUCCAGGAGCGGUUGGUCCUCCAGGAGUUGUGGGAGAAAGGGGUCCUCCCGGGAAUCGUGGUUUUCCAGGUUCUGAUGGCUUGCCAGGACCCAAGGGAGCUCAAGGAGAGCGUGGUCCUGCAGGAGCUUCCGGCCCGAAAGGAAGCCAGGGGGAUCCUGGUCGCACAGGUGAACCUGGGCUCCCGGGCGCCAGGGGUCUUACAGGAAAUCCAGGGGUUUCAGGUCCAGAGGGAAAGUCAGGUCCUUUGGGUGCACCAGGAGAAGAUGGUCGUCCGGGCCCAGCAGGAUCCAUCGGGAUUAGAGGCCAGCCAGGGAGUAUGGGUCUCCCUGGGCCAAAGGGCAGUAGUGGGGACCCUGGAAAACCCGGAGAAGCCGGCAACGCAGGGGUUCCAGGGCAGAGAGGAGCUCCGGGUAAAGAUGGUGAAGUUGGCCCAGCAGGUCCAGUCGGCCCCCCUGGGCCAGCAGGAGAAAGAGGAGAAAUAGGACCUCCUGGUCCUACAGGAUUUCAAGGCUUACCCGGACCUCCAGGUCCUCCGGGAGAAGGAGGAAAGCCAGGCGAUCAGGGUGUUCCUGGGGAUGCCGGAGCCACGGGUCCUUUAGGUCCAAGGGGUGAACGUGGCCAUCCUGGAGAAAGAGGAAACCCCGGGGCGCCUGGUCUUCUAGGGGAAAAGGGGAUGGCUGGCGGGCAGGGCCCAGAUGGUCCCAAGGGCAAUCCAGGUCCCACUGGAACUCCUGGAGAUCAAGGACCACCAGGUCUUCAAGGUAUGCCUGGCGAAAGGGGCAUCGCUGGCACCCCUGGUCCUAAAGGAGACAGGGGCAGUAUAGGAGAAAAAGGAUCUGAAGGUACAGCUGGUAACGACGGCGCAAGAGGUCUCCCAGGUCCACUGGGUCCAGUCGGCCCUGCAGGCCCUGCUGGUGAAAAGGGUGAACCAGGCCCUCGGGGUUUAGUUGGUCCUGCAGGUUCUCGAGGAAAUCCUGGUUCCCGUGGUGAAAAUGGCCCAACUGGUCCAGUUGGUUUUGCUGGCCCUCCGGGCCCUGAUGGUCAGCCAGGUGUGAAAGGUGAACCUGGAGAACCGGGGCAGAAAGGAGAUGCAGGAUCACCUGGACCUCAAGGACUUGCUGGUUCCCCUGGACCCCCAGGUCCUUCUGGGGUACCUGGACUGAAAGGUGGCAGAGGUACAAAAGGCCCUCCAGGUGCUACAGGAUUCCCGGGAUCUGCUGGUAGAGUUGGACCCCCAGGACCAACUGGAGCUCCUGGUCCAGCUGGGCCUGCCGGUGAGCCAGGCAAAGAAGGUCCUCCAGGUGUUCGGGGAGAUCCAGGUGCUCAUGGUCGUGUAGGAGACCGAGGUCCAGCCGGACCUUCUGGCAGUCCCGGAGACAAAGGAGAUCCAGGAGAAGAUGGACAACCGGGUCCAGAUGGCCCCCCCGGUCCAGCUGGAACUACUGGCCAGAGAGGCAUUGUGGGUAUGCCGGGUCAACGAGGAGAGAGGGGCAUGCCUGGACUGCCUGGUCCUGCUGGUACUCCAGGAAAACAAGGUCCAACAGGCCCACCAGGAGACAAAGGUCCAUCCGGGCCUUUAGGUCCUCCAGGUGCUCAUGGUCCCGCAGGUGAAGGAGGCCCAGAAGGUCCUGCUGGCAAUGAUGGUACUCCAGGACGAGAUGGAGCUGUUGGAGAACGGGGUGAUCGUGGAGAGCCAGGGCCAGCGGGCUUUCCUGGUUCUGUGGGGGCUCCAGGAACUCCAGGACCAGUUGGGGCUACAGGUGAUCCAGGACAAAGAGGUGAACCAGGAUCUCGGGGUCCAUCGGGUCCUUCUGGUCGUGCAGGAAAACGUGGUCUGCCGGGUCCCCAGGGCCCUCAGGGAGACAAAGGCGACAAUGGAGAUCGAGGUGACAGAGGGCAGAAAGGUCACAGAGGUUUCACUGGGCUUCAAGGUUUGCCUGGACCUCCUGGUCCAAUUGGUGAACAAGGCAGUCCUGGGAUUCCGGGUCCGUUUGGCCCUAGAGGCCCUCCUGGUCCGGUUGGACCUUCAGGUAAAGAAGGAAAUUUUGGACCACUUGGGCCAGUUGGACCUCCCGGUGUCAGAGGGACCCUCGGAGAAGCAGGACCUGAGGGCCCCCCAGGAGAACCGGGACCCCCAGGUCCUCCGGGUCCUCCUGGCCACCUUACAGCGGCCAUUGGUGACAUUAUGGGACAUUACGACGAUGGUCUCGCUGACCCGCUGCCGGAAUUCUCCGAAGAUGAAGCUGCCCUGGAGGAUAACAACAAAACAGAUCCAGGAGUCCACGCUACACUGAAGUCACUUAGUAGCCAGAUUGAAACCAUGCGCAGCCCGGAUGGGACCAAGAAACACCCAGCACGGACUUGUGAUGACUUGAGGCAGUGCCAUCCAUCCAAAAAGAGUGGAGAAUAUUGGGUUGACCCUAACCAAGGCUGUGUGGAAGAUGCCAUGAAAGUAUUCUGCAACAUGGAAAGCGGCGAGACGUGCAUUUCUGCCAACCCAGCAACUAUCCCACGUAAAACAUGGUGGACGAGUCGGUCACCUGAACUAAAGCCUGUCUGGUAUGGACUGGACAUGAACAGGGGUUCACAGUUUGCCUACGGUGACAAUGAGUCGCCCAGCACUGCUGUCACGCAGAUGACAUUCCUGCGUCUGCUGUCCAAAGAAGCCUCUCAGAAUAUCACCUACCACUGCAAGAACAGCGUAGGCUACAUGGAUGACCAAGCCAAGAACCUGAAGAAGGCCGUGGUUCUGAAAGGGGCUAACGACCUGGAGAUCAAAGCAGAAGGAAACAGCCGCUUUAGAUACACAGUCCUUCAUGACAGCUGCAAUAAACGCAACGGGAACGUUGGCCAAACAGUCUUUGAGUACAAAACGCAGAACGUGGCACGCUUACCGAUCAUCGAUAUCGCCCCAGUGGACAUUGGAAGUCCCGACCAAGAGUUUGGAAUAGAGAUUGGACCAGUUUGUUUUGUGUAAAA